GCGGCCGCGCCCACCUUCGCUUUACCCAAACCCAUUUCCCCUCCUAUUCCAACCGCCUUCCUUCCACCUCAGCUUUCCUUCCGCUCAAAAAAAAUGGCGGUCUCGCAGUUAGAGGGGCUGCGGAAGGCGUACGCGGCAAUCAUGCUGAACAUGGCCAAGGAGUCGGCGGCGCGGGUGCUGGCGGCGGAGCGGAGCGUGGCGGUGCUAGCCGAAGGGAUUGCGGCGGCCAAGGAAGAUGGCAUCGCGGCUCUCGUCCGGCUCAAGGACAUCAUGAAGGCCAGGAUGAAGCAGGUGGAAUCGCAAUCUUUGGCACAUGUUAGUAAGAUCAGUGAACUUCAGGAGCAAUUACAUGAUGCUUGGAAUACUGUGGCAUCCCUUCAAGUUGAGCUGCAGAGAGCAAAUACCGAAUUGGAGGAGACACGGAAAACUUUAGCAGAGGAAAGAAUGAAUAUCCUUCCAACCUGUGAUAAGAUUGGUUCAAAUAAAAGCAAGACCUCUCGUUCUAAGGUGCAUCUCCGAAAUAGAAAUUUGUCAUCAGAGAACAAAAAUACCAUUCGCCGUGUUUCCAUUGACACCAAGGAAAAUGGAGCUGUUGAAAACAUGGCGAACCUGUAUCAUCGUGGUUCUGAUAUGUCAUCAUUUAUAGCAAGAAAUAAGAAACGUGAGUUGUAUCGUAAUGGAUGUACACAGCGCAUUCGCGCUCUUAAACAGCGGAGUCCUGCUGCAGACUCCUCUAAACAAAACAGCAAGGACGCAAGCACGUCGAAUAACCGUUCAAAGACUGGAAAGAGCGAUAGUGCUAGGAGCACUAGACAGACGAGAUCCACCAUCGAACAAAUACUUCAAACAAAGUUUCUGGCGAACUGCAAGCGCAAGAGAGGUCAACGAAGCAGGCCUGGCUAUAAGCAUGAUAGUCCUGAUGCGCAUGUUAAAACAGAAGAUAAAUCAUCUGACACCUCUGAUGAAAACGGCUGUUUGCUGCUUCUUCAGGCACUUGAACAGGAUCUUUCACCUCCAAAUUUGUUUUCUGGACAUAGUGGUGAGGGAUUAACUGAUUUGAAGGACAAUUUGUUGAUGGGUGGGAAGGUUGUUGACUUCAAUUCUUGCAUGGCCUCCGCUGGAGCAAUAGAUGCACAUGCAAUCAGCAACAUGCGGGCGACAAGGAGAAAAAGAUCUAAGAUGGUUAGGGUUUUUGAAGCUGGUUGUUCUGAGUCCAAAAGUAUUCCAGGUAACAAUCUGCUAAGAUCAACCAAUGAGGAUACCAUUUUUGAGAGUGGGCAGAGCUCUGAAAGGAUAGAUGAUCACUCUGAUACACCUGCAAUAAACAAUGCUUCUGUUUUGAGUGAUGCCACUAAAAAUCCAGUUCAUUGUAGUGGUGCCAACAAUGAUCAAUUUCAGUCUGGGAACAGCUCCCCACUAGUUCUUCAGUCAACCGAAAGUCAAGUUGAUGGUGAAGGUGAAUUACGAGCGCAGCACCCAGACUGCAGAACACCGGAGACUAAUUUAGCAAAAAGGAAAGAAGGUGAAUUACGAGCGCAGCACCCAGACUGCAGAACACCGGAGACUAAUUUAGCAAAAAGGAAAGAAGGUAAAGUCGAUGAAAGUUGCAAUUUAGCUUCAGACAGAGCUGAUCAUUUAAUCAUCAGCUCCUUGGAGAAAGAACAAAGCGCGAAAGCAUCAUCCGGUGUGUCCGUGCAACCUGAAGGCAUGAGAUGUAUCAAAUACACAUUCAAUCGCAGGAAACGGAAGAAUGUGUCUUUGAACAGCAGCAGUCUAGUUAGUCUAGCUGACAAACAAGACUCUCAGGCAAAGCCUGAGACACAGAAUCACUUGGUAGAAUCACCUAAAGGCGACAACCAACUAGCCCAUGUUGCCCAACAGCUCAUUUUGUUGUCAGAGCUGAAGUGGUAAGAAUUUUGCAAUGCAUAAACCUGAAAGGCCGGGUUCAGUGUAAUGAUGGUUAAGAGAUAUGCUUCAGUAAGUGAUGCAAUAGAUUCUUCAAGGGACGAGAAACUACAUCUGGUGGCAAGCAGCAGCAGCAGCAGCAGAGAGACCAAGAAAUCUAGAUCGUAGUUUAGCAUGCAACAAAGAGUGACUUAACAUAUACCUCAGCCAGUUGUUAUUUUAGAAGAAUGUACAAAUUAGGUAAUGAAUUUGGAAUUAUUUAGUCGAUGUUGAAUUGAAACUAUUGGUUUAUAAGCAGGUGAUAAAUUUCGAAUUA